AUGGGACACUCCGAUCAGUUUUUGCUUGUAAGCGCAACAUGUGCAGGGAAGAAGGGAUAUCCGCCAGAUGGCCUUGGCAACUUAGGCGCUGACAAGCUUUGCGGAGUUGGGAUCACUUUCGUCGAGGACACCAACGGAGCGCUCUACGUGAAGAACCUUGUUCCCGACGGAUCUGCAGCACGAUCAGGACAGAUUCAGAUAGGAGAUGUUCUGUUCGAGGUGAACGGCACAAAUGUUUACUGUGAGAAGCCAGAGGCCAUUGGGAACCUGCUGUUGGGCACUGAAGGGUCGCCGGUUGAGCUUGUUUUCAAAAGAGCAUCGACAGGAAGUCUUCAUCGUGUGACUCUUUACAGGACUUCAGGUUCAGCCAUUCCUGUGGACGAUAUGACCUUGGACUAA